GUCAAGGAGCAUCCCGAACUUGUGGAGCAGUUUCAGCAGCAGGUUGCGGAAUCACUAACGGCUGUCACCUCUUACGAGCCCCAGCAGCUGAAUGACCUGCUGCUUGAGGCGGGCAAAAAGGUCUUCACGAUCCGGAGGCCCCCGAGCUUACCUGCUCCAGCUGAGGACCCAGAACAUGUCGUUACCAUCAAAACCAUGUGGGGACACUACAGGGAGAUGCGCAAAGCUCAGCUGGAUUGCUCCGGCAGUGGGCGGGCUACGCUGCGAGGAGCCAUUCAGGCUUGGCGACAUUGGAUGCAGUUCCAUCGCAUGCAUCGGCAGGUACAGAAACACAGUCGUAGUUUGCGACGGCAGCGGUUCGAAAGGCUCCUGGCUGAGGCGCAGGCCCAUGAACGCUCGGGUUGCAGUUCGGCGAUCUUCGACUUAUUGCGUAGGCAUGCACCGAAGCAAGCCCGUCGGCGUGCACAACUGCGAGAUGUGCGUGGCAAGCUCAUGACUCCAGCAGAAGAAGCACAGGUAUUGCUCACCUUUUGGCAAAGUGUCAAUGGUGGAACCAGGCCCAGUGGAGACGAGCCCACCAGCUACACGUUCCAUAUCACAUGCGAGGAGCUCAGAGAUGCUCUUCAGCGGUUGCAGGGUAACAAAGCAGCACCCAAACAUUGUGCUCCACACGUGUUCUGGAGUAUGGCUUCGGAGCACAUUGCCACGUUCAUGAGCGAGCAGGUGUUCCAUGAUUGGCAGCAGGGCGGCACUCGUGUCCCUCAGGACUGGGCUUCGGCAUGGCUGGUGUUCCUAGGAAAAGCGGGCAAAAUCGGGGAUUCUCCCGCGCAUCUCAGGCCCAUAGCACUGCUCGAGCCCAUGGGCAAAGCGGUUGCCGGCAUCUUGAAGGAUCGUUUGAUGCCGUUUGUACAACCCUGGACUGCACCGCAGCACCUGCAUGGCUAUCUCCCACACCGUUCUCCUCUUCAGGCUCUCUGUGUGGUCUUCGCACACUGUCGCGACGUUAGGGCGGCUGCGCAGGCACAAGGUCGCUCGCUUUACGAUCUACGAGCAGGACACAAGCGAGGCUCAUGCGCCGGUGGUCUACAGCUCAGUAUAGAUUGUACCCAAGCAUUCGACAGAAUCAGCCGCGACCUACUGCAGAGAGCACUGGAGAUGCUGGAGGUUCCCGCCGAUUUAAUCGGCAUCAUCAUGCAGUGGGUCCAUUCAACCAAGUUCCACAUAGGCGGACAUCCAGAUGAAGUACAAUAUGGCUCCGACAAGGGCAUUAGACAGGGGUGCAAGCUCUCACCGACUCUCUGGGUCUGCAUCUCGGUAUACUUGCUUAGACGCAUGGACAACACCUUGGGAUUGAAUUGGUGCCAACAGCACGGAGUAGGAUUCGCGGACGACUUGCACUUCAGGUGGAGGUUUGAGGACGUGGCUGGCAUGCAGCUGGCACUCAAACAGGCGGGCACCGUCUUGCAACUCCUUACUGCCUGCGGACUCAUAAUCAGCAAGGAGAAAACUGUUUGCCUGCUUAGAGCAGAUGGGGUUCAGGCACCGAAUGCAAUCAAGAAGGUGGUACGCAAGACCAAACAAGGCAAGCUGCUCAAGCUCGACAUGAACUGGGAAAUGCCGCUCAAGAAGUCGCAUAUCUAUCUAGGGGCCUGCAUCUCCUACGAGAACUUCGAGUCACAGAACAUGCAGCAUCGACUUCAGGCAUGCCGUGCAGCUUUCAGCCGAUUACGUACCACGCUCAUGGCGCACAGGGCCCUCAACAUGCACCGACGACUCCAACUGUGGAAAGCAACAGUGGUGACCUCAGCUAUGUACUCACUUCUGGCCUCGGGUUUUAGUGCAAAGACGAUGGAUCAGUUUCGGGUUGUGCUCACGCGGCAAGCCCGCGCCAUUGCUCGCAGCCCAGUUCACUUGGACCUAGAGAACAAUGAUAAGUUCUGGCGGCGGAUAGGCAUCAUUGCGCCAGUGGACAUGAUCCUGCAACGGCUCGAACGAGCCGUCACCGUCACCACCACCUUGAAGGCCAAACUGAGGGAAGAUGAUGCCAGGAUAUCCAGUAUCAUCCUUGAUCACGAACAGGCCGUUCUUGCUCGGACCCGGGAGAUAUUGACCGAGGCCCAAAAGGCCGCAGGCGACGCAGAAGACAGUCUGACACAUGUGUGUCAGGAGUGCGGCGCUAAGUUUGGCACCUGGGCAGCGCUGCGUGCACACGCGGGCAAGCUUCACAGUCAGGCCCGAAGACAGGAGGCCAAAGAGCAAACACCCGACUUUGACCAGCAGCGGCACGGGAAGGACGGAAUGCCCAUUUGCUCGCAAUGCAAUCAUCGCUUCCCACGGUGGGCAGACCUCCGCAAACACAUUGAGGGCGGCCACUGUCAGGCAGCAUCCACCAUUGCGACGGAGCCAGCAUCGGGCACAGAUAAAGACUCGGUCAUGCAAAUUGUCAGGGCAGGGCAGCUCGAUGUGCAAAACUUGCGAGUGGAGGCCGUCACGGCUGAUCUGCGAACGGAGCUCAUGCAGCAUUGCGCACUUUGCAGGCAGUGGCACCACGACCACAAGCAGCAUAUCGACAAAAUCAAGGUGAUGUGUGAGUGGUCCAUCCACGUGAGCAACGAGCACAAUGUACCCAGCCAAGCCAGUGCGCCUGACAUUCCUUUUCCUGCAGAGGCAGAGAUCAAAAGAUGGCACGGUGGCUACGGCAAGAAGGUCAAACAUGCCAACAGCUGCUCUGAACUCAUACAGAAUGAGUUGGCCACGGCGGACAUGCAGUUCCAGGAAGUGUUCGGUCCGGUGUUGGGGAAGCGGUUGCUGCAGGAGGAGCCGAAGGUCCAGGACAGACCGAGCAAGCAGAACAAACCGGCCAACAGGGGACCCAAAGGCAAAGGAAAGGGCAAAGGAGGUGGAAAGCAGUUCCGAAAGCCACAGCACCAGCCCAGCAGCUGGAACAGUGGAUACAGCGGGGACAUGGACUGGCUCGUGGACGCCAUCCAACUGAUGGCCAGAAUGAUGGUGAGACAGGAGGAUGUCCUGCACGUCCUCAGGCAGUCGACCGGGUGGGUGUGGUGGCUAAGCAUCUCCACACCAACCAUAGUACCGGAUCUUUUCCAGGCGGCGCAGGUGUGGCGGAAGGAGGUGUCCCAACCCGACAGCAAGAUGGCCAACACCAGUCUCCGAUCGGCGCUCUUCUGGUGUCUGCUGCACCAGCUGGCAGCGACACUGGGGAGCAUGGACCAGACGAAACUGGCGGAGGCGAACAAACAAGGCUGGCUCACGGCGGAAGUCGUCCAUCUACUGAACGACAUGAAGGGCUUGGUGAGCGGCGACACAGUGUCGCGCUUUCACUCAACGAGGCCACUAGUGGAACAGAUGUCGGGGCACAUGCUCACCAUGGUUAUGGACAUAUCGUUCCGCAAAGCCUCAGCGAAUGCGUUAUACAGCAAACUGGAGAAACUUCAGGGAAGUGCGGCGCUACAGGUGUGCGGAGUUCAGUAUCGCAAGGAAGGCUUCAAGCGCUCGCCGGGAGCGCAGAGGUCUACUCUGGUCGCUUGUCUCGCUCGGGCAGUGGGCGACAGUCUUCACGAGGUUGUGGACAGGGGCGAUUGCGUGGAAGCAAUCACGCUACAGUGUUGCAGUGGCUGUGAAGACUCAGAUGUGACCUUGCAGGUGUUGCGACUUCCUGCCCCGUGGUUUGAGACAGCACUUACGCCUGAGAUGUAUUAUUAUGACCCUCGCCCGGACGACGACAUGCCGGAUGACGAUGCCACCAUCAUUGACUCUUCUUUGCGCAGCAGCUCCAGUCAAUCAUCUUUGGCCUCCGAUUGUUCUUGCUGCUCUGACGGGUUUGCGAUUGAGUUUGAUCUUGUGCGCACGCUGUCAGAUGCUUUCACUGACAUGGGGGAGUCCCGGUGCUUUACAACAGGUGCCUACAUCUUCGGUGGCGAAGCGGGGCCCUUUACAACUGUCACACUCUCGCUGAAUCAGCAGUCUGGGGUACAUGUGGAUGCACGCAACAGCCGGACUUUUCAAAAUAUUGUGAUUCCGGCCGGCUAUUGGGACGCUGGCGAACUUUGGGUCUCCAGGGACAGUGGCUGCAUCACAUUCCCAGGUACCGAGCUGCUAGGCGAUGUUGUGCCAGUAAAACACCCUUUUACCUUGCUGGAUGCAACGCAGCCGCAUGCAGUGUUUGACUGGACGGGAGAGCGGACGGUCGUCAUUGGUUUUCACAUACGAGAUGCAUGGAGACUUCAACCGGAUGAUCUCGCCAUGCUUGCUGAUGCUGGCUUCCAUGUUCGGACCUGUGAGCGAGUGACUGACCCAUACAUGUCGGUCAUCGAGGUCCUGCUCCACAUCCACUGGAGCGUGUUCUUCGACGAUUUUGUAGCAGUAUCCUCUCCGGAGGAAAAGGGCCAUCUUGAUCUUGUGUUGCGGUCGUACUUUGCCUUGAUCGGCUGGGAAACGUCUGACGAAAAAGCUAGGAAGCGUGAGCUCGUGUCCACGAUCGAGUCCAUCGUACAGCAAGGUGGAGUGCAUGCCAAAGAACUUGAGUGCUUGCGUGGCCGUCUUCAGUUCGCUGAGUCGCAAGUGUUUGGUCGGGGUGCGGCCCAGCGCAUGCGAGCUAUAUCAAAAGCAAUGAAGCUCUCGGGCUUUGUAGUUCUCGAUGAUUCCUUGACCGAGGCCCUGCUCUUCUUGAAAGAUCGAGUUUUGCACGGGGAAGCAAGGAUGAUCAGGGCUUGCGAUCGUUCCACCUACCACUUGUUCACAGACGCUUCCUACGAAGCGGAUGCGCCAGCCGGCCUAGGAGGCUUUCUUUACAGCGAUAGGGGUUUGCUCCUUAGGUGGUACUCCGAGUCUGCCGACCCAGACGUUCUGGAGGCCAUAAACAAAGAGGGCAAGCAAGGUCUGAUCUAUGAAUUGGAAGCUUGUGCGGCAGUGCAAGGUGUGGUGCAACUUUGCAACUCUUUGAGUGACUGCAAUCUCAUUUGCUAUUGUGACAAUGAGGCCGCCCUCGCGGCCCUCAUCAAGUGUGCUUCCGAUUCCCCGGUGGUAGCAUCGCAGCUCAACAAGCUCAGCAUGCUUGAGGAUGAGAAAGGAAUCAGCAUAUGGUUUGAGAGAGUGGAGUCAUCUGCGAACCCUGCCGAUGAUCCUUCGCGAUUUGUGUUUGGCAAGCUUCCUACCAACUUCAGAGUCCGUUGGGCCCCAGGCGAAGAGCUGUUGUUCUAG